UGUUAUACCAUGUUUGUUCCUUGGCCCUUUCCAGAGGACAGGUUAUUGUUUUACUUUUGGAUGUUCGCUCUCGUUCUUAAAAACGUCAGUGCAAGUUGUAAUGGGUUGUCGUAUUCUGCUGAAAACGCACAAGAUUCGGCUGAAUACACCUUCCGCCAAAAACGCCAGUCUGACGAAAAACGCGUUGUGCUACCAAUGCGAGGACAAAACUUUUCUUGUGAUCUACCAUUAUUGCGCUAUGCCAAGCUGACAGCGAGUUCAUCGUCCGGUCCUGCAUUUCGCUCAGCGGACAGCGCCCGUUUUACCGAAGGCGGAGCUCAGAAUGCGUGGAGCCCGACAGUGUCCGACUUUAACCAGUACCUUCUGAUUGACCUGCUGGAUAUCAAGCGGAUAUGGGCAGUGGCCACAAUGGGGCGCGCCAAAACGCAGGAGUACGUCGUCAACUACACCCUGGAUUACGGCCAAACAGCCGAUAAUCUCGUUCCAUUUACAGAUCAGUUUAAUGCACCCAAGGUUUUCCAUGGGAAUAAAGACAGCGUGACAGUUCAACGGAAUGAUCUGGAAUACCCACUAGUAGCGAGAUUUAUCCGCAUUAAUCCGCGUCAGUGGAGUCACAGCAUUAGCAUACGAAUGGAACUGUACGGCUGUGAUCAUGACAGCGACAUGGCCCAUUUCGAUGGAAGCGGCUAUAUCCGCAUCGACUUAGCCUUUAAUCCCAUCGCAGCCGUGGAAGACAGCCUGCAUUUCCGCUUUAAGACCGUUCAACCCGACGGACUACUGGUGUUCUCCGAGGGUUCCCAGGGCGACAUUCUCCUGUUGCAGCUCGUACGCUCCCGACUGUAUUUAACAAUGGGAUUGGGCGGUGGCUACCGCGACACACUGCCAGGAGGCAGUGCCUUGGAUGACGGGUUGUGGCAUACGGUGCGGGUCAUUCGCGAUGAAAAACACCUGAAGUUUAUUGUCGACAACAUCUUACAAACGCAGAUAUUGUCGGGUGGUUAUUAUAAACUAAAUCUGGAAAACCAGAUAUUUAUCGGCGGUAUGGACAACUUGCGGAAAUAUGGCGUGCAGGCCAGAACAAAUUUCUACGGUUGUAUGGAAAAUUUACGAUUCAACAAUACCAACAUUUUCUGGCAGCUGCAACAUAUCCGUCCGCCGGGUUUCGAACGCGUUCGUGGCAUCGGUUUCUUCUGUCCGGAAAUUGUGUCGAUGCCGAUGACCUUCACUAGCUCACAGUCGUACCUGAUAGUGGCAGCACAAACGUCUUCAAGCAUCAACAUUUCCUUCCAGUUUCGAACAUUUGAUAACAACGGAUUGUUCCUCUUUCGGGAAUUCGAAAAUGGAUUUAUUAAGCUUUUCCUUGAUCGACACCGCUUAAAACUGCGCAUAAAAACUCCGGAAAUUCCUUUGGAUACGAUCGAGGCGUUUGCUGGAGUAACGGUCAAUGAUGGAAUGUGGCAUUCGUAUUCUGUAUCAGCGCGUCUCAAUCAAAUUAUACAGACACUGGACCAAAUGGUAGCCACCACCAAGCGAUUACUAUCCUUCACCGCUAAACCGGAAUAUGUCUUCGGCUACCGCAGAGCGGAAGACGAGCUGGGCAUCCGCGGGUGCCUGCGCAAACUGGUUGUUGACGGGAUGAACCUGGAUAUCACCGCAAUGGCUAGCCGAAUAUCUGCAUCUUAUGUUUCUCAAGUUCUGUUCAACGAAUGUCCAAUGAGAGAUCGAUGUAUUCCAAACCCUUGCCAUCACAAAGGGAUCUGCCGACAGUCUUGGGAAGAAUUCACCUGCGACUGUUCCAGAACUGGCUAUGGUGGCGCCGUGUGCCGUAGCUCUUCCCAUCCUAUGACCUGCGAAGAGUACAAGCUGUACAAUCCACAAAGCAGGGAGGCUCAAAUUCAACUUGAUUUAGACGGAAGUGGCUACCUGGAACCGUUUCCGGUGUUAUGCAAAUUUUUCGUCGAUGAACGAACAGAAACCCAUGUUAAUCACGACUCCAUGGCCGAAACAGCCGUGGACGGGUAUCAGUCUCCAGCAUCGUAUGUGCAGCAUAUACGAUACAACGCAUCUUGGUCCCAGCUGACCGCCCUCGUAAAUUAUUCUGCAUCGUGUCGGCAGUACAUCAAGUACACCUGCCUUAACGCUAAACUUUUGAGCAGUCCAGUGGGUCCGCCUUUCGGUUACUGGGUCAGCCGAACUAACCAGAAGAUGAUUAACUGGGGCGGUGCAUCUCCUGGAACACCCAUGUGUGCAUGCGGCUUAACCGACAGCUGCUUCCAGCGUACAAGAGGCUGUAACUGUGAUACAGAUGAAAAUCCCCUACGAAACACUUGGCUGACCGACGAAGGCUGGUUGGCACACAAAGACCACCUUCCGGUACGUCAGCUGCUGUUUGGAGAUACGGGAAUAGCGGACGACCGAAAAGAAUCAAGAUAUCAACUUGGUCCACUUAUUUGCGAAGGGAAUUCCAUAAUUGACAAUGCCGUGACCUUUUGGCGGCAAGACGCCACGUUGGUUUUUCCGUAUUUUGAAUGGACAGAGGGUGACAUAUACUUCCAUUUUCGAACAACUGUCGAAUCGGGAGUAUUUAUCCACGCGCAGGGUUUGUCCGAUGAAAUCAAAGUGAUUCUGAUCGGUCCAACCGAAAUCCAGUUCGAGUAUACCGCCGGAAACGGGCCACGAAGUGUCAGUUUGCAUGUGACACGCCCGUUGAACGACAACCAGUGGCAUUCCGUGCUGGUGGAACGAAAUCGUAAAGAGGCGCGCAUUAGAGUUGAUGGAGCACUGAGCGCCGAUUUGGCGGUGACGGAAGCAGAAUACCGAGAGAUGCAACUGGGUUACGAUUUAAUGAUUGGAGCGGCGACAGAUUUAUCCGGUGGCUUCGUCGGAUGCCUGCGUUCACUGUUCGUAAACGGACUCCAGUAUAACCUGCGAUUAAUUGCUGAAUUGGGAGCGUAUGGGUUACUCCCCGGAUGCGUUGGAAAAUGUGAUAAAAGUCCAUGCAUGAACAAUGGAGUCUGCCAGGAACGAUACGAUUCGUAUAAGUGCGACUGCCGGUUUACUGCUUUUCGCGGACCACUUUGUUCGGAUGAAAUCGGCGCUCAUUUCCGCACAGAGGACCAAGUCGAAUACCACUUUACAAAUAACUCGAUUUCCACUGUCGAAGAGCAUAUCCAUGUCGGCUUCGUCACGACCGAGCCGCGGGGACUGCUGAUGCAGAUUGUUGGUGCACAUAACGAGUACAUCUCCGUGGAGAUAUCCAAUGCCGGUACUAUUCGGGUGGCCUUUGAUCUGGGCUUCCAGCGCCAAGAGCUGUAUGAGGAAUCGCACUACUAUCCUAAUGGACAGUUUCACGACAUCCAUGUGUGGAGAUCCAACGAAGGCCGAACGAUUAAUAUACAGGCGGAUGGGUACUACAUCGUGUCGCGGACAUACCGGAUCGGCAAGAAGCAAGACGCACAGUUGAACGAUGUCCGGACAAUAUAUCUCGGUCGUAACAGUGAGGAAACAUCCUUCAGUGUUCUAUUGCAACGUAAAUCACGCGCAAUUGCUUUCGAUUAAAAUUAGAUUCGAUGCGCGAGAGGGAAGGA